CGGGCGCGCAUGGCGCCGGGAGACGCUUGGCGCUUCCCUAGGGAAUGCUGCGGAGCUCUGGGCCAGCUGGAUUAUAGCGAGGUGGACGUGGGAGCCAUGGCGCGGCUCUUCGGCUACGUGGAUGUGACCGACGGGGCCUUCGCUGCCGCCGUGCUCUGCAUCGCCUUCAACCCGCUCUUCUGGAACGUGGUAGCCAGAUGGGAGCACAAAACGCGCGCGCUGAGCAGCGCCCUCGGCUCGCCACGCACCGCCUGCUACUGCCUGGGCACCGUCAUCCUGCUGCUCAACUGCGUGCGCAGCCACUGCUUCACAGAGGCCAUGAAGAGCCAGCCCAGGCUGGAGGGCUUGGACUGCCGCUGGACGUAUCUCCUGGGCUUGGCCAUCCUGGCCGUCGGGACUGUGUUCGUCAUCUCCAGCUUCUUGGCGCUGGGCUUCGUCGGGACGUUCCUAGGUGACUAUUUCGGCAUCCUGAUGGAGGCGAAGGUGACGAGCUUCCCCUUCAGCGUCCUGGACAACCCCAUGUACUGGGGCAGCACUGCCGUCUACCUGGGCUGGGCCCUCAUGCACGCGAGCCCAGCUGGCCUUUUGCUGACGGCUGUAGUGGCAAUUUCCUACACAAUUGCGGUGCUCUACGAGGGCCCCUUCACGGAGGAGAUCUACCGGCAAAAGCAGAAGGGAGCCAAGAGCAAAUAGCGAUUGCAGCCAAGCCCUGUUCCGCCCUCRCGAUCUGGAAUGAAACAGUUGCCAGGACUUGUUUUUGCCCGAAGGUCCUGGUGCCGGAACCGGUUCCGAAGGGGAGAAUCCCAGGGGCGAAGCUACAGCCCAGGCUGGAUGCUUCCACAUUGCCUGAACAGUUUGAGAACUGAACUGUAAUUGAAAAAAAAAAAAAAAAAAAAAA